UUCUCUCGUUCCUCUCGGUCUUUAUUUCCAGAAUCUCGAGUUCCUCUUUGAGCGCGUGCUUUGUUCCAUCAUAGAUAGAUCGGUCUGAUUUGGGUUUCCGUUUUGAUUCUUCGUGAUAUCGUUAAUGGCGUUUUGAAGAAGGGGUAAUUUUAGUGUUCUAAAGCACUUUCGAGAAGGGGAUCGUAGAAUACAUUACAAUCUCUCUACGUUCGAUUGAUGGAGUGCAUAGAGCAGUCUAUUAUCCCAGGUUUACCUGAUGAUUUGGCUUUGAGAUGCAUAGCGAAGCUUUCUCAUGGGUAUCAUGGACUGCUCGAGUGUGUUUCUAGAGGGUGGAGAGAUUUAGUUCGCAGCGUUGAUUAUUCGUGCUAUAAAGCUAUAAAUGGAUGGUCAGGGAGCUGGUUCUUUGUGUUGACAGAACGUUCUAAGAACCAGUGGGUUGCUUAUGAUCCUGAAGCUGAUCGAUGGCAUCCAUUGCCUAGAACCAGGGCUGUUCAAGAUGGCUGGCAUCAUUCUGGUUUUGCCUGUGUUUGUGUUUCGAAUUGUCUUCUUGUGAUUGGGGGUUGCUAUGCGCCUUCCGUGUCAUCCUUUCCUCAUCAGAAGCCUGUUGUCACUAAAGAUGUCAUGCGGUUUGAUCCGUUUAAGAAAGAAUGGAAGAUGGUUGCUAGUAUGCGAACUCCACGGACUCACUUUGCUUGUACUGCUGUCUCUGGCAAGGUCUAUGUUUCUGGAGGUCGCAAUUUAACCCAUUCCAGGGGAAUUCCAUCUGCUGAGGUUUAUGAUCCUGUGGCCGAUAGAUGGGAGGAAUUACCAGCAAUGCCUAGACCACAGAUGGACUGCUCCGGGUUAUCAUACAGGGGCUGCUUUCAUGUUCUGAGUGACCAGGUGGGAUUUGCAGAGCAAAAUUCAUCUGAAGUUUUUAAUCCUGUAGACAUGACUUGGUCCACUGUGGAGGAUGUCUGGCCUUUCUCUAGAGCCAUGCAGUUUGCUGUUCAGGUGAUGAAAAAUGAUCGUGUGUACACAAUUGUUGAUUGGGGAGAAAGCUUGAUCAAGACUAGGGAUACAGAUGAUGGGGAAUGGUACAAUGUUGGUUCAGUUCCUUCUGUUGUUCUUCCUAAUCAUCCGAGAGAGCUAGAGGCCUUUGGAUAUGGGUUUGCAGCUCUAAGGAAUGAGCUCUAUGUUAUAGGAGGCAAGGUCCUUAAAUGGGAAGAAUCUGGGGCAGGGAGAUUUGACAUUGUGAGAUUGCCCGUUGUGAGGGUAUGUAACCCUUUGGAUAGGCCUCUUAAUUGGAGAGAGACCAAACCGAUGUGCAUUCCAGCCGGUGGGUCCAUCAUUGGUUGUGUAUCCUUGGAAGAAUCUUCUCCACCUUAACCAAGCUGACUAAUAUUCAUGGGAUGUCCGAGUUUGCACCUUCUUUGAGAAAGACCUUGGUCCAUUGUCAAAGUAGAAGCUUCUGGUGUAAUACAAACUGCGCAGACAACUGGACACUUGGAGCUAACUGGAAACCAUGUGCUCGAAAACAGUUGUUUAUAAGGAAAGUAGUUACCGGAGAAGUCACCUUACAAUGUAUAUAUCUUGCGGGUAAAAGACCUCCACAGUUUCAUGUGAAAUGAGUUCAGUAUGUCAUGCUCUGCAAUAAGGUAACCAGAGGGUGGUCAGGCUAUUACGGUGUCACUCAUAUAUGGAAAGACUUGGACUUGCGUGCUUAAUAAGAUUCAUGUUAUCUCAGUGUAUUCAAGUGUGAGUGAACUUAUCUUUUGUCAUGUGUCCAGUUGACCCACACAUAGGUGUAUCAUGUGUAUAGACCAAACGCGUGAAAAUUAAAUUAAGAGUAAUACAAACAGUUGAUAAUUUUGUAGCCUC